GUCAUCACAACUUCCGGGCCAUGGGGACUGUAAUGUAAGGUAAAUCUGUGCUGGCGGGUAAUACACAAAUUAGCUUUUCUUACAUCAAUUUACAACUAGACUGUGAACAGUAGACUGAUAAUGAGUUGUAAAUAAGUUCUCGCUCCUGAUAUUCUCCUGGCAUUGAUUUUUUGUGUUGUUUUUUCCAUGGAACAUGGCUGACGAUUUUUGGUAGCAUUUAGAAUGGGGUGAGCUCUGUUUGUGUAUUGAUCAUGAUAAGAAAUGGUAUAUACUAUUGGGGAAUUUACUAUAGUUCAGUCUAAAAUAAUUAACAAGGAUAAGAUGGAGGAAUUGUGGAAAUUAGUGCAAAAUAAAGAGAGGAUUAUUGAGUCUCAAAGAGAUGAAAUUGAAAGACUAAAAGCAGCAAUGUUUCACCUAAAACAAGAAAACAAGGAACUUAAAGAGAAGGUGACAUCCCUCACAGAGAAUGACAGCUAUGCAAACAGGAGGGGUUUGAGUGUGUCGGGAGCUAAAACGGGAGACGAUUUACUGAGAAAUAAAUCAAGGUCACGAUCAGUCGGGGGAUCACCAUUGGAGUCUCCAAGAAGUAGUAAACUUGUUCAUCAAACUAGUACACAUGGUAACAGAGCUCAGAGACAGCGCUCAUUCAGAGCCAAUGAAGAGGAUGUGAAACGUUCCCGUUCUCAUUCCGUUUCUUAUGAACUGUCUGAAGAUUUAAAAGAAAAACAAUUGGAAAUGCUAGAGAGAAAAUAUGGAGGUUCACUCAGAUCUCGCCGUGCUGCGAAAACUAUUCAACAAGCAUUUAGACAGCACUGCAUGAACAGAAACUUUGAAAAAUUACGUCAUUCAGCUGGUGAAAGGAGAUUAUCAAAAAGAUUGUCUGAAUUAGGUCGCAGUAACACAGUUUGGACUGACAGAAUUUCAGAUAAUGUUAAUACAAUGGGUGCCCUACUAGUGCAAAAUAACGUGGAAGGACACAAUAAUAGUGACGGUUAUCAAAAUAAGAGUGGAGAAUCUAGACUUCGACCUCAGAUGUCUUUGGAUCAAAAUAUGAAAAUCGAUUCUUCAUUACGGACAAAACUUUCAAAAUUUGAAAGGAAAAAGCUAGAGCGUUGUAAAGAGGUGGAUUUAAGCGACAUUCCUGAAAAUCAAAAUUUUAACAAAACUGUUGAUGAGGCGAACAAUAAUAGGAAUUCUUAUCCUGAAAUGAACCAAAGUAGUGCUACCGAUUCAUCACAUGGACCAACCGAAAAUGCAGUUGAUUUACCUAGUCUUAAUUUUGAAACUCUGUUAGAUAGUCGAGAGACUGAAAUUUUAGUUGACAGCUUUAAUAGUGACAGUAUUAACAGUGAUAGUCAAAAUGAAAUUACGAAUCACACAUAUACUCAUAAACCUUCUGCAUCAUCAUUAUUUUCAAAUGCAAGUACGGACACUUUAGAAAGUAAUAAAAGUGCUUCUUAUGAAAACUUUAGGACUAAUUACUCGGACUCAGGAUCAUGUGGGAGUCAAGGGGAUUUACAAAUUAAGGGAGAAACCGAUAGUUCUUCGUUAGAAAAUAUACGAACACCAGAACAAAAACAAAUGGCAGAUCAGACUUUAAGAUUUUAUAUGAAUCAGGAAGUUAAAUUAAGGAAUAAACAAAUAGCUGAGGUGAUUUCUAAGAAACCUCCUCAAGUCCCGAUAAGAGCUCCUGAGGCUUCACCGGUUUGGAAACGAAAAAGUGCUAUGAAUGGUAGUAUACAAGUUAAACCUGUAGAAAAACGUAUGAGCAAUAUUUCAGAGACAAGUGAAGGUUCAUUUGAUGGUAACUGUUCUAGUUCUCCAAGUUCAGAAAAUGUUAACGGUGAAAAUGUUAGUUUAAAUAGUGAAAGUAGUCUACAUUAUCAGAGACGAUCACGACUUAGUGUAACGCCUGAUCACCAUCAUUCUGUUCCAAAAUCUGCAGACAAAGUCAGAAAACGUACCUACAGAAUUGGAAUGAACUUAUUUAACAAGAAACCAGAAAAAGGAAUAGAAUUUUUAUGUGAGUGUGGAUUUGUAGAAGAAAACCCCCAUGCAGUAGCAAAAUUCCUCAUCUCACGGAAAGGACUUAGUAAACAGAUGAUAGGAGAGUACUUAGGAAACAUACAGAAUGAAUUCAAUAUGGCAGUCUUAGAAUACUUUUCUCAGGAAAUAGAUCUCGCUGGACUCCAGAUAGACAUGGCCUUGCGGAAGUUUCAGUCCUUUUUUAGAAUGCCUGGAGAAGCUCAAAAGAUAGAACGACUUAUGGAGGCUUUUGCUUCCAGAUUUUGUUUGUGCAAUCCCGACCAAAUCAAGAGCUUUAAGAAUCCAGAUACAAUAUUCCUGUUAGCGUUUGCAAUUAUCAUGUUAAACACAGAUCUUCAUAAUAACAGUAUUAAACCAGAACGACGGAUGAAACCAGAAGAUUUCAUUAAAAACUUAAGAGAUCUUGAUGAUGGCUAUGAUAUAGACAGAGAUAUAUUACUUGGUAUAUAUGACCGUAUCAAACUGACAGAAUUCCGUGCUGGCGUGGAUCAUGUGACUCAAGUCAUGAAGGUCGAGCAGACGAUAGUUGGCAAGAAACCACAACUAGCAUUACCUCAUAGACGACUGGUAUGUUACUGUAGAUUGUACGAGGUUCACGACCCUAAUAAGAAAGAGAAGAUAGGCUUACAUCAACGAGAAGUGUUCCUCUUUAAUGAUUGUUUACUGGUGACGAAAAUAUUAAGUAAAAAGAAGAGCGGCAUAACAUACUCAUUUAAACAAUCCUUUACAUUGGCUGGCAUGCAUGUUUACUUGUAUGAAACAUCUCAUUACCAGUUUGGUGUACGAUUAACGAACGGCUUAGAUGGUAAAACCUUAAUCACAUUCAAUGCCAGAAAUGACCAUGAUAGACAGAAGUUUGUUGGAGAUUUAAAAGAGGCAAUAGCAGAGUGCAAUGGAAUGGAACAACUGAGAAUAGAAGAUGAAUUAAACAAACAGAGUGCUAACCACAACUCCUUAGAAAGAUAUGCUAAUGAUGACUCCAGGGUUUUAAUGUACGAAUUAUCAAAGCCUUCUGAUCCUGCAUUAAAUAGAUUAUCUGCCCCUGAAUGUGGCGACUUGAAACAGCUUCAUCUGUCCAAUUCUCUUACUGACCUUUGUCAAGUUCAGGGGAUGAGGAGAGGUAGCAGUGGUGGAUCAUUAGAUAGUGGAGUUGCCUCAGGAAGCUCACAAGGCGUAAACAGCAGUGGAGAGUCACUAGGUACACAGACCAGUCAGAACUUGUUAGUUAUAAAGGGACCAUCUUCAUCCUCCUUACUGUCAUCAGGGAAAAAGGGUCGGUCCAAAGGAUCUCUGUCUCAACAGUAUGAAGCACCUCAUGGGACGGAAGUCUGAUAGUCCAUAGAUAGCCCUCAGAACUUGGGGCCGUUGUGUGUUGAAGGGAAGGAGUGUUGUCUCUAGAAUGUUGAACAAAUAGUGUGUUAUUCAAGAUACAGUGAUUUUCAAAAACUUACUUCAAACUCUAUAAACUCUAAUAUGUGAUAAUCUUUAAUAUAUGUAUUCUAAAAUAUUGUUUCUGUUAGUUUAAAAUCUGUAUGUAUUUCAAUUGUAUCUUUACUAAAAUCUUUUUUUUCUUCUCCUGAUUGUGUGCCAUAUUUAAGUUAUUUAAAGGAGAAAUCCAUUUGAAAGUGCAAUUCUAUGUUUAAUUGUUAAAUCUAUAUAGGCAGAAGCAUAAUAGAUAAUAUUGUUAACAGAUACUACAACUAAAUUUGAAAAAUAACAGAUUAAAUGUAUUUAAAUUGGAACUAAAUUUUACAAUUAGACCAUGUAUUCCAUCUAUCUAAAAUAUAUAAAAGGAAGUUGACUUUUCAAUUGGAUAUAAAAAACAUCAAAGAAUAUUUCAAAAAAGUCAUGACUUUAAAAUUUCUGAUUUUCAAAUAAAUUAUUGAAAGAGAGACAAAAGAAAAGAAACUGUGAUGUAUAAAGUGAAAGUAGAGUCCCAUAAACCUGAUAUUUAGGUUUUUAAAUGAAGUGAAAGUAAGGGAAUUAGCCAUGUUGUUGUUGACAAAUUAUAGUUCAAUUAUGCAAUACAUCAUGACGUACAUAUAUAGAUAUUGUAAAUACUUUGUUGAUCGUUUAUAAAAGACACAAACAUGUCUUUGUAACGCACUGUGAAAUGUAUUUGUUUUAAAUAUGUCUUAACUUAUAAAAAAAAUCUAUAAAUUAUGAUUAUUUUCAGUUAAAAAUCUGUCUACGUGAUAGAGUGUUAUUUAUUGUUUUGGGGUUUUUAAUUAUACAAUAUAUUGUUUUUUUCCCUUGUUUUGAAUAUGUUUAGGUGAUUGUGGUUGGCACACGAGGUGGUUACGUUAUGAGUCAGUGUGGAGACAGAGUGUGUUAGUCAUGCAGUGUUUAUUUUUAGAGUGCAAUAUUUGUUAUGUCAAAAAACACAUAUAGGUAGUGAGAGAAAAAUGGCACAGUUACUGACCAAAAUGCACUACAGGGUAUUGUUUCAUUAUAAAAUCAUUGUCUUAAAUGCAUAUUGGAAUAUUUUUUUUGGAAAUAAUUCAAACAUUAAAGUAAAUCUUGACUAUAAAACUUACAAAAAAAUAUUUUUUGAUAAAAAUUCAUAACUUUUUUUUUUAUCAUUUUUCAAAGUAAAAAUAGAAUACUCAAUCUUGUAACAGCUCAUUAGUCAUACAAUCAAUCAUAAGUUUCAAAACAAAACACUGUACAUGUGUAUUGUGAUAUGUGUGUUUAUGUAUCUGAUAGGAGAGAAUGAGAGAGGGAGAAAGAGAUGAAUGAAAGAUUUUAAAAGUUGACCACAAUUAAUUGCAGUAGAUCUGCAUAAAUAUAUAUCACACAAUAAAGGUGAAAAAUUCA